AUGACCGUGGCAACAGUCACUACCAGCGCUGCCGGCUCGCUCGCCCUGCUCAAGGACGAGGACCGUGACGUCCGCAUCUACGCCCUCGAGUACCUCCUCACCAUCGUCCCGCAGUUCUGGGCAGAGAUCAGUGAAGAGCUCCCCUACAUCGAGUCGCUCGCGGACCCCCAGUUCUCCGAGCUUCCACCCGAGAGCAGGCCGCUCGCGGCGCUCCUCUGCUCCAAGGUCUACUUCUACCUCGGCGAGCGCGACGAGGCUGUUGAGUUUGCUCUCCGCGCCGCCGCUGCGUUUGAGAAGGAGCCAUAUGGAGAGUUCAAGGAGACGAUCAUUGCUGGCUGCAUCGACCGCGCCAUCUCCGAGACGGAUUCGAACAACCAGAGCGACACGCGCCUGAACGAGAUUGUUGACGGUGUCAUCCGUCAAGGGUCCAGCGAUGGUGCCAAGCUCGCUAUCGGCCUCGCGCUGUCACUCCGCCGCCUCAACCUCAUCGAGGCCAUCUACCAGAACUCGCGCUCGUCGUCCGGUACACACGACGAGAACCUUCUCCGCUACAUUCUAGCCGAGACCGUCGGGGGAGCAGGUGGCAGCGACGCGUGGCCCGACUCAUUCCGCCGCGAGCUCCUCGCCGUCUUACUCAAGCUGUUCAAGCUCUCCACCCCACCCGACUACUACUCGAUAACGCAGAUCUGGGUGCUACUGGACGACGCUGUCGCAUGCGGCGACGACAUGGUCACGUUGCUGGAGAAAGGCGGACGAAAGGGAAGACUGGAGGCCUACCAGAUUGCGUUCGACGUGUCCGAAAUGGCGCCCCAGAACUUCCUCGAGCGCCUGCGUGGCCACCUCGCCGAGCGGUACUGGGGACCAGAUGGGCACUCGGGAACCGACGAGGAGCGGAACGCGCUUGACGAGAUUCUCAACGGGUCCCAGGUCGCCCAGCUCUACCUCAACUUCCUCAAGAAGAACAACCAGACCGACAUGAGCAUCCUAAAGGUGACCAAGGAGUCACUCGAGGACCGCUACUCGAUCUACCACUCAGCCAUCACCUUUACCAACGCCUUUGCCAACUGCGGCACCACCUCCGAUCGCUUCCUCCGCGAGAACCUCGACUGGCUCGGUCGCGCGUCCAACUGGGCCAAGUUCUCGACCACUGCUGCCCUUGGUCUCAUCCACCGCGGCUCGUACGUCAACGGCAGGCGCGUCGUCAAGCCGUACCUUCCGGGAGGGGAUGCGCCGUCCAAGUUCUCCGAGGGCGGUGCGCUCUUCGCCCUUGGCCUGAUCUACACGGGGCGAAAGGAGGGGGCCGAGGAGGAGCUCCGCAAGGGACUCUCGGAGGUGAACGACCCCAUUGUCCAGCACGGCGCAGCCCUUGGUCUUGGUGUUGCUGCUCUCGCCACGGGUGAUGAGAACAUCUACGACGACCUCAAGAACAUGCUCUUCCAGGACAACGCGACCUCGUCGGAGGCUGCCGGUUACGCUAUGGGUCUCGUCAUGCUCGGCCAGCCCAACGAGCGCGUGCUUGACGAGAUGAUCUCAUACGCCAGCGAGACGCAGCAUGAGAAGAUCGUCCGCGGUAUUGCUAUCGGUACCGCCCUCGUCAUGUACGGCAAGCGCCAUGCCGCGUCCGACGUGAUCAAGAAGUUCACGAACAGCAACGACGCUAUCCUCCGCUACGGUGGCAUGUUCGUCUACGCGCUCGCCUACGUCGGCACUGGCGACAACAAGGUCAUCAAGCAGCUGCUUCACUUUGCUGUUUCCGACGUCAACGACGACGUCCGCCGUGCUGCCGUUAUCGCCCUUGGCUUUGUCCUCUUCCGCAACUACACCCAGGUCCCCCGCGUUGUCCAGCUCCUCUCCGAGAGCUACAACCCCCAUGUUCGCCACGGCGCCACCCUCGCCCUCGGCAUCUCAUGCGCGGGCACCGGCCUGAACUCUGCGAUCGAGCUCCUCGAGCCCAUGACCAAGGACCCCGUCGACUUUGUGCGCCAGGGUGCCUACAUGGCGCUUGCUAUGGUUCUCAUUCAGCAGACCGAGGCGCAGUCGCCCAAGGUCCGCGAGAUUCGCGAGCUCUUCAACAAGGUUGUCACCGACAAGCGCGAGGACCCUCUGGCGCGGUUCGGUGCCUCCCUUGCCCAGGGCAUCAUCGACGCCGGUGGCCGCAACAUGACCAUCUCCCUUGCCACCCCAGCUGGCACACCUGACAUGAAGGCCAUCGUCGGCAUGGUUCUCUUCUGCCAGUUCUGGUACUGGUACCCCUUGGCCCACUUCCUGGGUCUCACCUUCAGCCCAACGACCAUCAUCGGUGUGGACGCGCAGCUUCGCAUCCCGAAGGUCGACUUUGUCUCGUGGGCCAAGCCGAGCAUGUUCGCGUACCCGACCACUGCCAAACCCGUGACUAAGGAGGAGAAGAAGAAGGCUCAGACUGCUAUUCUUUCAACGACUGCCAAGGAGAAGGCACGUGCGAAGUCGAAAAAGGCUGAGCGUGGCGACGCGAUGGACACCGACGACAAGGACGACGUCGCGGCACCUGAGAAGGACGCCAAGCCGAAAGAGGAGAAGCGGAAGACUGCCGAGCCACCACAGUCGAUCGUCAACAACAUGACGCGUGUGGUUCCCACCCAGCUCCCUUACAUCACCGGCCCGUACGACCCUAUCGCAUCAUCAUCAAGUGCUGCCAACGGCGCAUCGAGCGGCGAGGCCGCGACUCCGUCGAAGCCCAGCCCCAUCCAGCCCAAGAAGGGCCGUUACGUUCCACUGCGCUCUGUAGGUGACGGGGCAGCGUGGGACGCCGGCCGUGCGGCGGACGGCCGCUCGCGCGUGCACUGGAGCGGAAAGAUUCUUCUGCUGGACGACACGCGUGAGGGUGAGAGUGCAGAGGGAGGUGAGUACAUCGAGCUCGAUAAGGCUCUGUGGGAGGCCACUCCCGAACCGACACCAACAGCCGCAUCGACGGCGACUGCUGCGGCUGCUGCUGUCCCUACGGCGGCGGCCGCGGCUCAGGGGGACAUGGACUGGGACGGCGAGAUGCCCGCCGCGUUUGAGUGGGAGUUUGAGGACUAG